AGUUUCAGUACUCCAGUUGCGACACUCGGUGAAGUGAUGUUCUUCCCCCAGGUCUUCAGUGUAUUUGUUUUAGUUCCAACAGCUGUUGUUGGCCACGUUGCUGCGACAUGUGACAGCUGCACGACGCAGUUUAACGCCGACUACACGACGCCCGGCGUUGCAGAUAUCAACAGAUGCUCAGCGGCCAAGGCGUACGCUGUGUGUCUGGUUGGGGCCAGUGGAGCUGGUUGUACCUCCGUCAUGUCGAAGGCUUCCACUGCUCUCCAGUCCGUGACUACCAUCAACUCAAUAUCAGGAGUCAGCUGCGCUCUGAGUGGGACCUGCCUUUGCGAAACCACACACUUGACCUUCAGCCCAGUUUCAACUUGCACAGCAUCCGCUACGACGCUAGGGUGUAUGUAUGGCUCAACUGACGUCUCCUGUGACGGGACCACCUCCAACACAGCGAAACGUGCGGUGUGGAGGGCAAAAGUGAAAGAACACUGCAGCGUAUGUGCUGGAAGUUUCCUGAAAUGCACACUGUCAACCCUGAUCUUCGUGGUUCUGGGAGUUGCCCUGAAGGAUUAGACAAAGGACACAUCAAGCGG